AUGGAAGAUAGUUAUUUCGCCUUUGCUUGGAAAAUAAACUGUUUCAAUGAGCUUGUUUCUAGGCAUCCCAAUGGAUCCUUUUUCUAUAGCGAAAGGUUUUGGUCACCACGAGGGCAGACUGGGAAAAUAGUUAAUAUUAAUGUUGCUCAAAGUCGUACUCCUAACCUCAACAACGAUAACAACACUGAUUACUUAUGGCGCCUGAAAAUGUUCCCAAACGGUGUUGAUAAAAAGUCGAAUGACUUUAUAUCUCUCUACCUUGAAGCUAUUCAAACACAAUAUGAAAAGCAAAACGGUAUAAUUGGCAGGCACAAAAAGUUCAGAUUAGCUUUAUACCGAUUGAACCAAGGCCAAUUGAAUACAAUGCAAACACCUAUUCUCAUUAUCGAUCGUCACAUUUUGGAAACAAAAUUUGAAUUUAACGGAGUUAACGCAGAUUAUGGCUUCGCUCGAAUUAUUGGCAUUAAAGACUUGUAUCCUAAUGAUACAAUAAUGCCUGAAAUGGACUUGAUGGUACGAGUUCAAAUUUUUGACGACCACCUAUCCCCCGGUGAAGGAAAUAGCACAAGUUUCAUUCCAGAGUGUAUUUCCAUGUCAGGUUUCGAAAAAUUCUUCGAUAAAGAUCGUUUUUGUGAUGUAGAAUUUGUAUUUGACUGUGGAUCAAGUGUUAAAGCACAUCGGAUUAUUCUUGCGGCAAGGUCAAAUUAUUUUGAACGUUUGUUAGGUGAAGAAUGGCUCGAAGGACAUAUGAAAACUAUUACCAUGCAAGAAUUCCCAUAUCACGCAUUUCGGUCUAUUGUUCAUUACCUUUACUCCGGAAAACUCGAAGAGAGAUUAAGCUUUGAUCUAAUAAAAGAGAUCUAUACUAAAGCUGAUAUGCUGAAUCUUGAUCAACUCAAUUCGAUGACAGUCGAUCGAAUGAUUGAACUAAUAGAUUAUAACAAUUGGCAUGAAAUUUUAUUGUUGGGUUGGAAUAAACUUGAUGAACGACUAAAAACUGCUGGGUUAAAUUUUGCAAUAACAAAUUGGAUGAACUUGAGAAAUAGUGAUAGUAUGAAAGAGGUUAUGAGGUUCGGAGAUAUGGAUUUAACUGAAGAAUUAAUUCUUGGAAAAUUCUUUGCAACUAAUAAUAGGG